GAGAAGAAUCAAUUUACCUUCCGUAAUGUCUGAGGAACUGCAAGGCAUCGACGAACAUCUGACUGGGCGCUUGACGGCAGAGAUGAUCCCAGAGUCACGAUCGAAGAGAGAGCAACGCCAGCAGUGGCAGGAGGAGCUUGUCACUGUCGAACUGGACGACACGUCCUCACUGAGAGCUCUGCCCGGAGAGACGGCCCAGGUCCGGCUGCGCUUCAUCAACCAGAGGAGCGUCGCCGUCGCGCUCUACCUCACAAUCGCGGAUACGCACAACUUCAUUACAGCCGGUGUGAGACGAGUUUAUGUUGGCCAACAAGACGUUGAAACGUUAUCAAUUACUGUUACUAUACCAGGAGACACGCCUCUGAGAACACUAGACUUAAUAACCAUCAGCUCAGCAGAAACACAAAACUUCAAAGCAAUAAAUGCAACCGUCUAUUUUUACGUCACGGAAGAGGUUGUAGACACAACUCAGCCAUCUGUAAGUCACAGAAUCACCAAAAACUGUGAUGGAGCACUAGAACCUACUACAUGCUCUUACAGAAAUUGGACUUUUGAAGCUACAGUGAAGGAUGACAGUUCUGGAAUACGCAAAAUAACAACACAGCCUGUUCAACUACAAACAUCAGACCACUUAGUGAUGGGCAUCAGAGGCACAAUAACAUACCAAUAUAGUGUUAGUUGCUGCAUUAAUGAAGUUGAGAUAUUAGUCACUGACGUAGCUGGAAAUUUUGUGAGAUACAAAAUAAAUGUUUUGGGAUUUACUCUUGGAACUGGUGAAAUUAUAGCUAUUGUGUUGGCUGUUAUAAUUAUUAUAUUGUUAAUCGUUUUAAUAAUUGUUUGUGUACACCAAAAGAAGAAAUCUCAUAGUUUUCCCAUGUCAAGAGACUGAACAGAAUCACAAAGACUUUUCUAAGAAAGAAACUUAAAUAGGAUUAUGUGAACUUUUUACACAUAUGAGACUCAAAAAAUUUCUAGAAUCUUCACAGUGCAGCAGCUGUCUAUUGCGUACAUUAAUGUAUUUUUGACAGACUAAUUUUCUGUAAACAUUUUUCAUUUAAUUUCAGUUUGCUGAUUUGUACAUGGUCCUCUACACCUACAACAAUGGGCAGGACUUGUUUGAUUGUGCAAAAGAAGAUAAAAUUUUUUUAACUUAUACUAAUUGUAACAUGAUUUAGCUGCUUUCUUCAUCAUCAUUAUUAUUAU